AUGUCAAGUGCUGCAUACUUGCGUGGUUUCACUAUGGCUGUCGCGCUUCGAUUGAAUGUUUUGGCUCGACGAUCGGGACUAGCUUGGUCUAGCAAUGCCUUGCGGCGCAUGCCAUCUAGCAGGGGCUAUUCGACUCCAGCUUCGAGUGCAGAUGGCUCACUGCCUUUGGCUGGUAUUCGAGUGCUUGACAUGACUCGUGUCUUAGCAGGACCAUACUGCACUCAGAUUCUAGGCGAUUUAGGAGCCGAUGUCAUUAAGGUUGAACACCCUGUGCGAGGUGACGACACUCGUGCCUGGGGCCCACCUUAUGCGAAGUAUGAGGAUGAGUCUAGGGAAGGACCCGGAGAGAGUGCCUACUAUCUUGCCGUCAAUCGCAACAAAAAGUCCCUUGGGUUAUCCUUUCAACACAAGUCCGGAGUUGAAAUUCUCCACAAACUCGCAAAGGAAUGUGAUGUUCUGGUGGAGAACUACCUCCCAGGCGGUCUUGCCAAAUACGGCAUGGACUACGAAACCCUUCACAAGAUCAAUCCCAAGUUGAUCUACGCCAGUAUCACGGGCUAUGGUCAAACAGGACCUUACAGCAACCGUGCCGGGUAUGAUGUCAUGGUGGAAGCCGAGAUGGGACUGAUGCAUAUCACUGGAGCUCGAGAUGGUGCUCCAGUCAAAGUCGGCGUGGCAGUCACCGACCUGACGACCGGUUUGUACACCUCAAAUGCCAUCAUGGCAGCCUUGCUUGCGCGAGUUCGCACAGGGAAAGGCCAGCACAUUGAUGCUUGUUUGAGUGAUUGCCAGGUUGCCACUUUGUCGAACUUAGCUAGCUCUGCAUUGAUAAGUGGUCAGAAGGAUUCGGGCCGCUGGGGUACAGCACACCGUAAGUCGACUGCUUAUGGACCCAAACGCAUUUCAAUGAAGACUAAUAAGCAUCUAGCAUCCAUUGUACCAUACCGGAGCUACAAAACCCUUGAUGGAGACAUUCUUUUCGGCGGUGGAAACGACAGAUUAUUCGGCGUGCUAAGCGAUAGACUCGGAUUCCCAGAGUGGAAGACCGAUGCCCGCUUCGUGACGAACAGCGAUCGUGUCAAGCACCGAGCGGAUAUUGAUGGAUUGAUUGAGACUACAACACAACAGAAGACUACACAGGAAUGGUUGGAGAUCUUCGAGGGUAGUGGAAUGCCUUAUGCGGCUGUCAAUGAUAUCCAGGGCACGCUGAACCACGAGCACGUUCUGGCACGAAAUAUGGUCACCGAGGUUGAACACCCAGCCUGUGGUCCUAUCAAGCUGGUCAAUACUCCCAUCAAGUACUCUGAAGCGACCCCCGGAAUACGUUCACCUCCCCCUACGCUUGGCCAACACACCGACGAAAUUCUUGGCAGUGUCCUUGACUACGGUAAGGCGGAUAUUGCUCGAUUGAAGGAGCAGGGUGUGGUGGCUUGAAUAUACUUGCGAAAUGAUAUCUAUAUAACGUCAUAGAGC